AUGGCCAUCAAACCUCCGGAUACACACGGUCUUCCCCUUCUCUGGUGGGCAGCUCGUCAUCCACCCGCAGAUCCACAAACCUCUUUCUCAGGUAAAACAGUCCUUAUCACCGGGGCAAAUGUUGGUCUUGGUCUUGAAGCGGCAGUCAAAUUUGCCUCGCUCGAUGCUGCUCGACUACUGCUCGCUGUACGAUCUUUGAGUCGGGGUGAAGAUGCCAAGGCCCAAAUUUGCAGACGCGCCAACUAUGACGCCAGCAAGAUUCAUUUAUACGAGCUCAAUAUGAGCACAUUCGCAUCGGUGAAGGACUUAAGAGACCAACUUUCAAAACACGAACCGCGGAUCGAUGUCGCUGUUCUCAAUGCUGGAGUGGCAGUGCCAGCGUACAACCUGAGCCCUAAUGGCUACGAAAUGACGUUACAGGUCAACGUCUUGUCUACCGCUCUUCUAGCAAUCCUUCUUCUUCCAUUGUUACACGAAGCAUCCCAGGAGUCAGGCGGACCAUCCCACAUUGAGUUCGUUGGCAGUGAUGGUCACAGCAUGGUAAAACCCAAUACAUUCAUCUCCAGCAACAAAUCAGGCAUUCUUGACUUGGUAAACUCCGAAGCAUUCUUUAACUUCCAAACUCAUUACCAAGUCACCAAAUUGCUUCUCAUGUAUACGAUGGAGGGCAUUGUGAGGUCAUACUCGACGAAAUUUUCCAGUCCCAACGUCAUUAUUACGACUGUAUGCCCAGGCAUGUGUCGAACGAACAUUGGCCGAGACUUCUCGGCCCCCAUGAAAGUAAUCAAUGGGAUUUUUCAACACUUGUUUGCCCGAUCAGCAGAGCAGGGAAGCAGGACAAUAGUCAGCGGGGCUACCCUAGGAGCAGAUUCCCAAGGUGAAUUCUGGUCUCACGAUGUCUUUUUCAGGUACUAUUUGAUCUAG